CGACGGCGUCAAGCACAAGUGCGACAAUAGGAGGAUUCAUCAUCCGUGGAUCAUUCCUAGAAGCUAUAAUGGCACCUGCUCGGAGGACAGGCGAGGCCCCUUCAGGACCGCAGGGGCCAACGCCUACUCCGCGCACCAAACAACGGCCGCCGCCGCCGCCAUUUUACCUACCAUUGAACAUCGCACUCUACCUUUGCAUUAUCACCAAUGUGAUUUCAGCCCUCUACGCACCGAUACAGGAUUGUGACGAAGUCUUUAACUUCUGGGAACCAACGCAUUAUCUCAACCAUGGAUACGGGCUUCAGACGUGGGAGUACUCCCCGGUGUAUUCGAUCCGAAGCUGGCUGUAUGUCUCUACACAUGCCCUGGUGGGCAAAAUCGGAUCGUUUGCUCUAAGCAGCAAGUCUGCAGAAUUCUAUGCGAUCAGAUGCUUCCUUGCGCUGGUGUGCGCUGCUUGCGAGACCCGUCUCUACUCCGCCAUCUGUCGUACCUUGAGCCCCCGUAUUGGCCUUCUCUUCCUCAUGGUCGUCGCAUUCACCCCGGGCAUGUUCCAUGCGUCAACCGCCUUCCUACCAUCUAGCUUCACCAUGUAUAUGUCGAUGCUGGGCCUGACGGCGUUCUUGGAUUGGCGAGGUGGCCAGAAAACGGCGCAGGGAAUCAUGUGGUUUGGGCUUGGGGCGAUUGUCGGCUGGCCGUUUGCUGGGGCUCUCAUGCUUCCUCUUCUACUGGAGGAGGUUGUCAUCGGCUUGUUGUCGUCAAACGUGAGAGGAAUGUUCCUAAGCGUUCUGGAUGGCGCGAUGAGGUGUCUUGUAAUUCUGGCUCUUGAAACUGCUGUAGACUACGCUUUCCUGCGUAAACUUGUUAUUGUACCCUGGAACAUCGUUGCGUACAACGUUUUUGGCGGAGAGGGUAGAGGUCCCGAUAUCUUCGGGGUUGAGCCUUGGACCUUCUACAUCCGGAACUUGCUGCUCAACUUCAACAUCUGGUUUGCGUUCGCUAUGGCCGCUGCGCCGCUGCUUGCCCUUCAGGCGCUUUUCCGCCCCAAGGCGACUAGUGUGCAGACCUUGCUCAGAACCGUGACACUUAUCACCCCGUUCUACAUGUGGUUCGCCAUUUUCACAGCUCAGCCACAUAAGGAAGAGCGGUUCAUGUUCCCAGCAUAUCCAUUCCUCGCGCUCAAUGCGUCCAUCGCCUUCCACAUGAUUCUGUCGUUCGUUGGCUCCAGUAACCCCAAUGUGUCAGCUGGGAGUAUGUUACCGAAGAUCAAGCUGGCAGUGAUCAUGUCAAUAAUCCUAAUGGCCCUCAAUUCUGGUCUCCUGCGGAUUGUCGGGAUCAUGAGCGCUUACAAUGCUCCGCUGAAGGUAUUCGAACCGUUGGCACAGCCCGGAGUCGCCCAGCCAGGCGAUACGGUGUGUUUUGGCAAAGAGUGGUACCGGUUUCCCUCGUCCUUCUUCCUCCCCAGCGACCUGCGGGCCAAAUUUGUUCGCAGCGAAUUCCGGGGACUGCUUCCGGGUGAGUUUCCCGAGGCUGCGGACUUCUCUGCGCUCUUUGAAGGGACGUCGCGGAUUCCCACGGGCAUGAACGAUCGCAAUGAAGAAGAUCUCGGAAAAUACACCGACCUCUCGCAAUGUUCCUUCCUGGUAGACUCGGAGUUCCCGAGCCGGAAGGCAACCGAGCUGGAGCCAGAUUACAUCCACGAGGACACGCAGUGGGAGCAGCUGGCGUGUCAUAGCUUCCUGGACGCAUCCCAGACGGGUCUUCUGGGGCGGCUGAUCUGGACUCCGGAUUUGCCAAUCACCCCAGAGCCUCUUCGGCGGAAAUGGGGCGAGUACUGUCUGCUGCGGAGACGCAGCGACGUCACAAUUUCUCCCCCGGUUACCCUUGUUCGUAUGGUGGAUGCGCGCCUGCAGAAGAGAAGUCAUGCUGCAGCCAACGCUCGAAUGAUCCUGGCUGGCGUCAUCAUGUUUCCCGAAUCGCUUAAGUUUGGCCAAUCUCCCAUCUACGAUAUUGCCCUGAUCAGUGCAGUAACCAGUAUUGGCGUCUGGCUCAUCACCCGAGCGUUCCACUGGUGGACGACAACAUCCAAGCCAGACGUCCCCCGAUCAUCCACCCCAGAUCUCGAGAAGAAGUCGGUCGCAGUUACCAGGAAACCGGGAGAAUGGAUCCCGUCGGACUUCAAACGGCCUCCAGCAUCACCGUAUCCCGACUGGGAUGUACACACGACCAAGCCCAUUCCCUAUCGACCAUUUCGAUAUGGACCCAAGUACUUCGUCACGAUGGGCCUGCGCAGCAUGAAAUGGGACGAAUGGAUUGAACUCGACAACCACUACCUCAAAUACCACGCCGACAAGGCCCGUCGCAUCGCAGAACGCGGCGACAAAUGCUGCAAAACCGCCCCGGAAGCCUGGGACGCAGCCAUCGAGCUCCUCGAAGAGCUAACCUCCUACCUCCCCGAACGCUACCCAACCAUGUUUCAAAGAACCCCAACAGGCCUAACAAACCUCAUCACCCACGAAACCUUCAACAUAACCCAGCGUCCCCUCCCCGAAGACCCCAUGACCAUCGCCGCGCGCCUCAUCCAAGAUGACCUCGCCAUCAUGAUCGAACGACCCGACGGCGAAUACUACCUCCUAGCGGGCUCCAUCCUCCUCGCCGGAUUCUGGCGCCUCUCCGACAAAUACGGCAUGCGACUCUCCGAAAUCCACACCUCGGGCUCCGUCCCCCAAUACACCGAGAAACUCGAAAAGGGAAUGAUGAAUUUCUUCCGGCGCUUGAAACCCGAAGACCCUGUUCUCCGGAACAACUACUUCAUCCAAGUCGAUGACAGCUUGCCCUGGUCGCAUAGUAUCGGGUCCGAGGACGCGGAGGACGUAUCGUGGAGCACGGCGCAGAAGGACAAGGCCAUUGAGAAUCACUGGUUCCGGUCUGAGAGGCAGAGUCUAAGACGGUUGCCGAGGUCGGGAGGCGUGGUGUUUACGAUUAGGACGUAUUUUGAACCCAUCACGGAGAUCGUGGAGGAGGAGUAUGUUCCGGGGAGGUUGGCUUCUGCGGUAAGGAGUUGGGGGGAUGAUGUCGCGGUUUAUAAGGGAAGGGAAAGGUAUGGGGAUGUGUUGUUGGAGUUUUUGGAUAGGAAGCAUCAGGAACAGCUGGAUAGGGGGUUGAGGGUUGAGUUGGAGGAUGAGGUGAGGAAGUAUCCUCUUUGAAGGUUGAUUGCUGUCUGUAUUUUUUGGUUCUUGUCGAAUUCCUUGAUAUAACUUACUAUCCC